AUGUUUGUCAACGCUCAAACGCUCCUGCUCGGCUCUCUCGGUCUCGCAUUACUCACAAACCCCGCCAAUCCAUCACCAGCACCUACACCUGCAAACCACCCUGUGAGAUGGCGCCUCCAUCUCUAUCAGAACACCCGGUGCUCAGGAGAAGAUACCUUGUACUCGGGCUCUGGCUCACUCGCAUGUGAAAAUGAGAUCUUGAACGGAGGUGCGUUGGGCUACAUCAGUGAGAUACAGCAACCGGCUUGCGAGGUGCUUCUGUUCAGCGAUGAAAGGUGUAAAAGGUCGAUUGGCACUAUUGCGCCGCAUAGUCCGAGGAAGUGUCAGGCUCCCAACAUUGAGGGGAAGAAGGCUGAGAUUCGCAGUUUCGAGUGA